GCCGUGGACCGACAUCUGGCACCCUGUGUCUGAACGAGCUCCUGCUCUUGGAUGGGUCUCAACAUUUGAGGAAGCGUGUGAAGUAAAAAAACACUUCGAGGUUUUUUCCUCUCUGACGUUUGUGUCGGAGAGGCAUAAUUCCUUUCCAGAAGGACCCAAACAAAAGAUCAGAUUUUCUGAUUCCAUCAUUGAAGGUGAUGGUACACCUUUCUUUCUGCGAGGUCGAUGGGAGUAUUCAUGUAUGUUUGGGCGAGACAAGCAUGCAGCCAGGAUCAAGAAAGCAGUAGAGGAGGAAAAAAGACAACAUAAGGCAACAAAGGGAGGCUCCGACAAGCCACAUUGAAAGAGUGCAGCAGAAAGAAGUUUGCAGGUGGCAGAAAGCACACAACAAGCAUCAUAAUUCCUGAAUUGGAGGGCCUCAAGAUUCAACCGCUUCCUUCACUAAAUGACGACAAUCGUUAUUCAGUAUGCGGGGAGACCCUUGAGAUUAGAGAUUUCAAGUCCUUGCAGUUCCCUAAUUGGAUAAAUGACAAGAUUCUCAAUUCCUUUAUGGCACUGCUGUCGAAGGAAAUUAAUGUCAACAGGAGUGGCCACAUCUUCCCAAUCCCUUCGUAUGCUGCAGUACACUGGCAGAGAGCUAUGUAUCAGACAUGGCUCUUCAAGAAGGUGAACAUGCAAAAGUACAAAUGGAUCUUUCUGCCAUUCAACGUUAAUAAGAGUCACUGGGUACUCUUGGCAGCUGAUGUACAGAGAGGAGAAGUUUCGGUUCUGGACUCCCUACCAACCAAUCCCAACACAUCCAUCAACUGCAUAAAGAAGUUCAAAGCCUACAUGGCAUGCAGAUCAGAGAAAAUUGGAGACCUAGCUGGAACGUCAUGGAAGGUUGGCAAUCUCCAGUCUGCCAGGCAAGAAGAUGGACAUUCCUGUGGGGCAUUUGUCAUGUUGAAUGCUCUUGCCAUUACAAGAGGGAUUGAUCCUCGAAGCGUUGGGAAAUAUGCCAAAGACAUGAGGGUUUAUGUCCAGAAUAAACUGAUCACCAACGCUGUGCCCCCACCUGACCAGCGGAAAACCUGUGACAUGGUUGAGUGUCUGAUGGCCCUUUCAAAGAAACCACCUACCAGCACCCGACCUAAAUGGGUGCAGUGCGAUGUUUGUGGUCGCUGGCUGCAUCUGUACUGUGUCUCAAUCAGUGAGGCACCAGGGGAAGGUAUUGAUUAUGUAUGCCCGGUUUGUUGCGCUAAAUAUGCAUAGUCAUUGUGAGUGAUGGAAAGCGUAUGGUGAUAGUAGAUUUCAUUGAGCUAGAUCCUGUGAAGCAGUUAAAGCCAAAGCCCCUGCUUGAUGAGCUUGAUCUUGAGAUUCUACUAAUCAAAUAGAAUUUCCACAACGCUUUCUUGAUGAUUUCAUUCACAUGACUAUUC